CAACCAAAUCGUUCACAUGGCGUUUCCCUCUCCUGUGAGUAGCUCACAUGCUCUAAGCUAGGCGGACAGAAAGUAAGUAAGUUCAGGGCUCAAUAAUUGAUUGAUGCAAAGAUUCACCUAAUGCGGCAACUUUUAGUAGCCGUAUGCGUCGCCUACAACAACAGAAGUUUUCGGCGAGUUUGAAUAUGAGAGAAGAGUUUCUAUUUUUUUGGCCCGAGGUCAAAGCGAAGCUAUCGGUGGUGGCAUGAAACUCAACAAUUUCUCGACCCUUUGGUUUCACGACGGAACGGCUAUUUUUCAGGUGAGAUUGACUUCAUCUCUUUGGAGCGGACCCACUCCAAGGCGCCGGGCACACUGUCGGGAGCAGGUCAACCUCUGACUGCAUUAUGGCGAGCGGCGACGAGGAGAAGGCGAAAGUGGAUCUCUUGGAGGAUAACCGAAUUGACUCGGGUAUCGACUCUUUCAAGUCGCUCUCUAAAGACGAACAUUAUUCCAAGUCUGUACAAGAACUGAGUCCUCCUGAGGAUGGAGAGGUUAAAGACAAACUCGACAGCGUGACCGAGGAACGCCAUGACUCUGCUUACAUUUCAUCCUCGAUCACAGUCGACAACAUUACUGACAUUUUAAAGACUUGCUCAAUACCAGGCUCUCAGGACACCGAGAGCGCGGAGACCUCUGAUCACAAUGAACAGGAAGUCAAUCUGAAUCUUCUAACUACCAUUACAGAUGAUGGAGACACCAUCCUGCACCUAGCCAUAAUCCAUGAGGCUGUAGAGUUUGCAGAUCGGUUGAUUGAGCUGUUUCCCAAAGAGGUUCUGGACCUUCAGAACAACUUGUAUCAGACGGCAUUACACCUGGCUACCUACCUGGACCUCCCGGCGGUGGUGCGGCGGCUGUUGGACAAGGGAGCCGGUCUGGUGCUGCAGGACCACGAUGGGAACACUCCACUCCACGUAGCCUGUGAGCAGGGUCGGGGGGAAUGCGGCAGUGAGAUGACCCGGGACAUUCCACCCAGCCAGCUUACACCGGUACUAGAGGCACAGAACUGGAGAGGUGUCACCUGCCUCCACCUGGCUACGUUGCACAAGCGCCAUCGGCUCAUGAAGCUCCUGAUAAAGAAGGGUGCCAACCUGAAUGUGCAGGAAGGGACAAGUGGCAAGACUCCGCUGCACAUGGCCGUGGAGCUCCAUGACGUGUUAGCUGUGACGAUGCUGCUGAACAAGGGGGCGAACGUCGACGCCGCCAUGUUCAACGGCUGCACGCCGCUACAUUUGGCAGUGGGCAGGCAGGACGCCACCAUCGCCAACCUCCUUUGCCAGUCGGGAGCCGACCAGAUGAUCAGGAACAUGGAGGACGAGACGGCACUCGACCUUGCCGAUGGCAACGAUGACAUACUUGCCCUUUUCCCGUUUGAUGACAUUCAGAUUUCUGGAAGGUCUGUGGUGGGGGUGAAUUUCUAAAUCAAAGAGCAAGACAAGGCAUGCUCACAGAACAAGCCAUAAUGCCUUUCAUUCACUGGGAACCUCAUAGUGUCUGUAACUAUUUAUGUAUGUAUAGAAAACAACAAUAUCUCUCUCAAAAGUAACUAUUGCUUCAAAUUUUCAUCAUCGUAGCUUGAAGAAGUUUUACAUCAUUAAAGGUACCAAUAUUUAAAGACAUGUCUGUUAAGUUUAUAAUAGUCAAACUCAAGGUGAGGAAUAGUUAUUAGCUGAUCUAAUAAGGCUAUUUCUCUCUUUUCUUGAAAUAGAUGAUGCAUCAUAGGCCUUUCUGCAUCUUAGUAUGGAUAUGAUAAAGUCUUGCUGUGUAUGAUUUUAUAGUAAUUUUAUAAGAAAUGAGCCAUGCUUUCAACCACUUGUAUCUAGCAAGAUCAUGCUAAAUCACGUUUACCUAAUUCUGAUGGCAUUAUUGCCUAUUUCCAAACAGUUUGAAUUGCUCUUUCUUCAUCUCCAUCCUCUCAGAUUAGUCCCUGGGAAAAAUAAAUAUUGGAAUAUGCCCUGGUCAGUUGAAUCCAUAGGCUAUAGCCUAUUUUUCACAUAGACCUAUGACCUCUGUCAGUAAAACAUGUGUAAGACACUGAUGUAUGAAAUGCUCUCUACAAUCUUCUUAUUUAAAUGAUCUGGCGCUAGGUAUGGACAAGUGGGUGGCCUGUUAAGUCCAUGAUACUUGUACAAAUAAGUUGUUAAUUUUUUUUUGUCUUGAAUAUUGUUGGUGGUUAAAUCUUAAACCAGUUUGGCUCAGUUAUUUUCUGCAAAUGUACAACAUUAGUCUAUGUUUUUUAAUAAAAAAAAUUAAAAUGA